CCUUGUGCUCACCAUCGACGUGAAGCCGAACCAGAUGCUGGUGUGGGAUCCCGUCACCGGCGACCAGCACCGCCUGGACAUUCCCCCGGGGCUUGCCACACACGCGGAGAAGAUGACGAUCAACGGGGCGGUGCUUCGCGUCGGCGGAGGCGCCCACUUCCAGGUGGUCUUGGCAGUGAAUGGAAACGACGACAAGAAGCACGAACAAGUGCUUGCCCGCGUGUACUCGUCGGCGAUCGGCUCGUGGGGUGAUCUCAUCUCAACGCGGCUUCCAUCCGAGGUCGGUAGAAGUGGUUGUCCCACCCUGGUUUUUACGGGCAAGACCGCUGUGAUGGCUUGGGGUUCCCUUUACUGGAUUCUUGCUGGGAGUUUUAAUGGAAUUCUUGAGUUUGAUCUGGAGAAACAGAGCCUAGGUGUGAUACAGGUGCCAGUGCAUAUGCUUGAAGAGGGGUAUUACCAAUUCUCGAUUAUGCGAGCUGAGGGUGGUGGCCUUGGUUUACUCUUCCAGACAGGCCUCAGUUUUGAACUAUGGAAGAGGAAGACUGAUUGUGAUGGCGUUGAUUCAUGGAUGCUUGGAAGAACUAUUGAACUGGACAAGCUACUUUGCCUGGAUAUAUGGAGGGUAUUAGUACUAGGGUACGCUGAGAACAAUAACGUGGUGUUCUUCUGGACAAGUGGCAGCCUCUUUAUGGUCCAUCUUGAGUCAUUGCACUUCAAGACGCUUUUUCAAACCACCAUCAUUCCUCAUUAUCAUCCAUUCGAAAGUGUCUACUCUGCAGGUAUCGGAUUACAUUCUGGUGGCUGAGUUGCAGAAACGUGGUGUGUGCCAUAUGCUCUUCUAUUUUGUAUGAACCGUUCCAUCCCAACCUACCGUCUUUUAUCUAAUCAGUGUAGACAUUAGUCAACCUUCAUGAAAGACAAAGUGAUUGCUUGGAUUAAUGAUUAGUUCUUCCCCUGUCUGUUAGUCUUGGGUUUCUUUGCUUUUAAGCCUUCCAAGCAAGCACGGAUGUUGUGUACUUGUGUGUGGGCGCCUGUUUCUGGUUGAGAUUUCAACUUUUAAUCUUGGGUUCCCAUUUCUGCUUUGCA